AUGGGCAAAUCGAAGGAGGAGAGGGCGGCCGAAGAGGCCGCCCAUCUCGAGGCCAUGGGCCAGAAGCAAGAGCUGCACAAGAACUUCUCGUUCCUGUCCUUGCUGGGUCUCGCCUUUGCUAUUUUGAACUCAUGGACAGCGCUGUCCGUCUCGAUGCAAGUGUCCCUGCCUAGCGGUGGCCCCAGCUCCGUGAUCUGGGGUCUCAUUACGGCCGGUGUAGGCAAUCUCUGCGUCUCACUCUCCCUCGGAGAAUUCCUAUCAGCAUAUCCCAUUGCCAGUGGGCAGUACUACUGGACGGCGUGCGUUUGCCCACCCAAGUACCGCGGUUUCAUGUCCUACUUUGUCGGCUGGCUCAGUGCAGGUGGCUGGGUCGCGAUGAAUGCCACAGGCCCGUUGCUGGGUAGUCAGCUGAUUACCGGUCUGAUCUACAUUAUGGACAAGACCUACGAGCCGCAGCGCUGGCAACAGUUCUGUUUGUACCUGGCCUUUGCGUUUAUUGGCUUCUUUGUCAAUGUGUUUGGCAAUCGCCUCCUGCCGAUCAUCGAUAAAGUCGCAUUCUACUGGUCGCUGACCGGUUUCAUCAUGACCUCGAUCACAGUCCUCGCCUGUGCCUCGCCGGAGUAUCCUACUGGCACUUGGGUCUACACGCGCUUUGUCAACGAAACAGGCUGGCCGAACGGCUUUGCAUGGCUGCUGGGUCUCUUGCAAGGCGCCUUUGGCCUCGCUGCAUAUGACUCCGUGGCGCACAUGAUCGAAGAGAUUCCCAAGCCCCGGAAGCAGGGACCUCUCGUCAUGGUCUGCGCUGUGCUGAUCGGUAUCAUGACCGGUUUCCUCUUCCUGUCCUCCGUACUUUUCGGUUCAGGAGGCGAGCGCAACCUGCAGAGCUUGAUCGAUGCUGCGAGUGAGACGGCCCUGAUUACCAUCUACGAAAUCGCGACGAACAACCGCGCCGGCGCCGUGUGCCUGACCAUGUUCCCGCUGAUUUGCAUGGUGUUUACGACGACGAGUCUGUUUACUGCGUCGAGUCGUAUGGUGUACGCGUUUGCCCGUGACGACGGUUUGUUCUUCUCAAAAGAUCUCGCAAAGGUCGAUAAGCAUCUGCACUCACCAGUGAAUGCACUGUGCUUGUCGUUGGUCGGUGUGAUUAUUUUCGGCUGUGUCUACAUCGGCUCGGCUAGCGCAUUCAAUGCAAUUAGCUCCGCGGCCGUGGUCUGGCUCAACUUGUCGUACAUCAUCCCUAUCGGUGUCAAUCUGUUCAGUGGACGCAAGCUGCUCCCUGACCGCCCGUUCAGGCUGCCCAACACCCUGGGCUACCUCCUCAACAUCGUCGGCCUUCUCUACGUCACACUCACCACAGUCCUGUUCCACUUCCCACCCUUCCUACCUGUGACGGGUGAUAAUAUGAACUACUGUGUGGUGGCGUUUGCGAUCUUGGAGAUCUUGUGCCUGGGCUGGUGGCUCCUGUAUGCCAUGCGCCAUUACAAGGGCCCCGCUGUGGAGGGCAUAAUGCCAGGCACCGCGCCAGGCAAGCAGCCUGACGAGAUGCUCGUGACAAAGGCGGAUGGCGAGAAGCCGUUCUAA